AUGUCGGAUUCCAUCAGUCAGUCCCAGAAAGUUCCCUCUGUUCUUGCAGGAGAGCAGCCAGGGGGCCUCGUCGACGCAGAAGCAGCACAUAGCUAUGUCAUCGACACCGUGUCCGAGAAUCAGCUUGUCCGCAAGCAGGACUUGCGCGUAUUGCCCAUGAUCUUCCUUAUGUACUUCUUUACAUUCCUUGAUCGAACCAACUUGGGCAAUGCAAAGGUCGCAGGCAUAGAGAAAGACUUGGGAUUAGGGACAAUCAUUACCACCGGCGUUGGUAUCAUAUCCCUCUACCUCUUCCCUGCCGAUCCCUCCAAGACUCGCAUUUUCAAUGAAGAGGAACGUGCCCUUGCCAUGGCCCGUAUAUUUCAUGACCAACCGGCUAUUGUCGAGCACAAGGAGCGUAUCACUUGGGGCCUCAUUAAGCGCGGCGUAUUUAAUGUCAAUGUCCUGGUGGGUGCCUGGAUGUAUACCUGCAACCAGAUAACCGUACAAGGCUUAUCUAUCUUCACCGUCACCAUCCUGAGGCUCAACUACCCAGACCGCUCUACUGUGGGGAUUCAGUUGCUGUCGGUACCGCCGCCCCUUGUAGGCAUGGUGUUUGCGUUGGGUGUUGCAUACAUUAGUAUGAAGACGCGUAAGCACGGCUAUGCCAUCGCCUGUGCGGCGAUGCUCAACAUUAUCGGUUAUUCCAUCUGGUUAGCCUCAAAGAAUGUGCAGGCUCGUUACGCUGCGAUCUUCCUCAACACUGCUGGAGGAUACAGCUUUGGGACGCUGACUGUCAGCUGGACGCUGGCUAACGCUGCCCCGGACACGAUACGUAAUGUCUCAAAUGGAGCGGUCUCAGCCAUUGCCAACAUCGGUUCGAUCGUGGCUACUUGGAGCUAUCUUAAUACUGAUGCGAAGACUGGCUACCGGAUUGGAAACAGCCUCAAUACAGCUUCUGCAGCUUCGGUUGUUGUGGCUGCUCUGGGUCUCGUAGCUUACCAAAUGAAGGAGAAUAAGCACCGAGCGAGUUCUGGCCGCGAUUACCGCCUGGAAGCUCCACAUGAAAAGGUCGCUACACUCGGCCACCUGCACCCGGAGUUCAGAUACAUUCAUUAA